CGGAUGUCUGUCGUAUGUGAUCCGUGGUCGUAGUCACUACGAAUUCUGUGUGUUUGUUCAGGUGUGCUGUUGGUCUGUUGGAAGCUUAAUACUGAGGAGAGUGCAAGUGCUUGUGUUUGAACGUUAAGCAGCAAUAAAUACAGACGUAAAUAGGAUGGAGUCGUAAUUCAAAUCUCUACACGUAACGUGAUAACAUUAACGUUAUGGUUAGUCUUAGUAGGAACUUCAGUACAUCGACUGGGGGAGGGUUGUUUUUUAAUGAUGCCUCUUUGAGCCUUAGUGCUGGUGGAGAUGAUUCACAGAUGCUUCUACCAGUUGUUGGUACUGAUGUGGAAAAGAAAUUCACACCACUUAAAACAGUGGUGAUAGUUACAAUGGAACUUUUUUUAUCUGUCGCUGUGCUAGGUACAACAAUCAUCCUUGCUGUUUUAUGGCCAGAAAAACUAGAUCGAUGUGCACCAUAUUUUAUCACUCUUUACAUACAUGCUGCAUUUUGGUGUAUCUCAUUGAUUGUGGAUAAUCAUAUCAAACAAAAACAUCAUGCAUUAAGAGUAAAUGGUUAUCUGGAAUUCUAUCAGCAGACAUAUAGUCAUAGUCGAAUUCCAUUUUAUAUUGUUUCUUUUUGGAAUGCUCUUUUGUUGGUUUCAAGUACACUCCUGCAGCAUCUCUACGAGGAUUUUAAGCAACAGUGCAGUGUCGAUGGAUUCUCAAAGCCUGUAAAUCAUUUGUGUGUCUUUAUUGCAGUAGAAACUGCCGUUCUGGCUUGCGUCAUAUUGCUUUAUAUCCGCAAAGUGAUUCAGUUUAACAGAAGUAAGCCACCUCCUGAUGUUGAGCGGGAAGAGUGGAUGAGAAGUUUCAUACAGGACAGUUACAGUGGUGGUGAAGUUGGUUACAGAGAGCGUGGUGAUCACAUCUACGAUCUCUUAGAGAAGCAGGCAGAUUUGAUUCGUUACUUGAAAGAUCGUAAUGCUAAACUUAGCCAUAAAAUCAUGCUGCUUAGUAGUCAGAUUCAUGGAGAACAGGAAUAAAUUGUUGCUACUAAUCAAAUGCUUACCUUAUGUGAUAUCAAUUUUACAGUGUCACUCAAGAUCAUCCACUCUCACUUAAUGAAGUAGGGGCACAAGCUUCAAGCUGUUGAUACUUGAAAGAUCUCAACGAUGAUCAUUGUCUUCCUGGUGCCAUCAUUAGGAGAAUUGUUAAAGAGUUAUGGAUGAUUCCUCUAUUUAUUUUAUGUCAUGGAAUGUAUUUAAUUUAAAAUCUAAAGUAUCAAAGAGAAAUUAAUUUAAUAUGAACAUAUCUUAAUGCUUGUGAUUUUAUAUUACACUUGAAAUUCUUUAUUGAUAAUCUUUUUUAAGUAUUUUAUUUCACAAUUUUGUUAUCUUUCUGAAUGAAUUGUUGGAAUUUAUAAAAUAAUAUGUCCUCUAGCUUGAGCAAGGAUUUUUAUUUUUAUGUAAAAAUUAAGUUAAUUUUUUAAAACUCUGGUGCAUGUACUUAGUUGAAUAUAACACUUUCAUUUUGUUACAUAAA